GCAGUAUGUAAUAUUAUCCUUUUUAUUUUUGUCUAUUGAAAUAAAAGGGUGGGUAUUAUCCAGUUUCUCAAUAUAGAUAUAUUGUGCUGAUGUGGAUGGUGUAGAUAACGUAGACUCGAACCAGCGCUAUCCACGUUAUUCACCUAUUUGAUAUUUUUGUUUUUUGAUAGGCAUAAAAUCUGGUAUAAUAUCCAAUGGAUUGAUGAAUGCUCAAGUUAAUCUCAGCACAUCAACACCCAACCAGUGUCUAGAUUACGAAGGAAACAAUGUAUCCCCGGCAUGAAUCGUCUCAUGCGCCUUUAAAUAGAAUGCCUGGUGGCCAAAUGAUUCGAAGAGGUAGAAAUGAGGUCAGCGAAUACCAUUUAAACGAAAUAUCUGCUGCCUUUCGCUUAUUGGACUCCGAUAAUACUGGGAAAAUAGAUUAUCAAGAACUAAAGGUGGCACUGCGUGCUCUUGGUUUUCAGGUUCAUAAGAAAGAGGUUCUACAACUCAUGACCAAACAUGAUCCCAAAAACACCGGAUAUAUAGAUUUUGAGGCAUUUAAAUCUAUAAUGAUCAAAAAAAUAUCCGAAAGGGAUCCCAUGGAGGAAAUAAAUAUGUCAUUUGAAUUAUUCGAUGCUGAUAAUAAGGGUAAAAUAUCUUUUAAAGACCUCAAGCGUGUAUCCAUGGAGUUGGGGCACAAUAUACCAGAUGAAGAACUUCGUGCUAUGAUCGACGAAUUUGACAACGAUAGAGAUGGUGCUAUAUCGAAGGAUGAUUUCAUAGGCAUAAUGCGCCAGACAAUAACAUACUAGAUGCAAAAAUAUCACGGCAUCUAAGCAUUACAUACCCUAACCGUGGAGUUCCCUUAGACCCCAUCCUUUAAUUAAUGGUCAUUCACGUUCGGUUGGCUGUCUGCUUAAAAUUGCAUUUAUAAGCAUAGGGGCAACCUGAUUACGUGGCCGCAUCAUCACAUAUCACCACCUAUU